UGUGUGUUGAGUUUUAGAGUGGCCAUCAAGAAUUAAUCUUUGAAUUGAUUGAUAAGUUGCAGGCAGCGAUCGAAACUCGAAAGAUUUAAUCUUGCCUUGAAGGAACCAUUGAAGUGUUAGUGCACCUCCGUCCUAUGCCGCAGUUGUAGAACUGCAAAAUGUCACUUUUCCGCAUUUUGAAUCUGAUGAUCCUCGCUGCAUUUGCAAUCGAUAGAGCUCUCUGCAUCAGGUUCCCAGAUCGGAUCCAUAAGCCCGACAGCGACGCCCCCGAACGCCUCAAGACUGCCGUCUUCGCUCUCGGAAGCUUCUGGAGAUCCGAAGCCGUUUUUGGUUGCCUCCCCGGCGUUGUCCGAACCACCGCAGGCUACGCCGGCGGCUCCAAGCCCAAUCCCGAAUAUAGAAGCUUGGCUGACCACGCCGAGUCCGUUCAGGUCGAAUAUGAUCCACGGCUGAUUGGCUUUAGGGAACUCCUGGAUGUCUUUUGGUCAAACCAUGAUCCCAGGCAAGUGUAUGGCCAGGGUCCCGAUGUCGGCAAUCAGUACAGAUCCAUCGUUUUUUGUAAUGGAACUGAAGAAUCAAGAAUGGCCGCACUGAGCAAAGAACAAGAACAAACCAGGUCAAGAAGCAGCAUUGUGACUACUCAAAUUCUUCAGCUUGGACCAUUUUAUCCUGCUGAGCCUGAGCACCAGAAAUUUGAACUGAAGCAAAAUCCCUUCCUUCUUCAGCUAAUUGGGAACCUGCCUCAAGAGGAGCUUGAGAAGUCAACACUGGCAACAAAAUUGAAUGGAUAUGUAGCUGAGCUAUGCCCUCCAGAUAUCCAAAGGCAUAUUGAUGCAAAGAUCAAUGAUAUCAUAAAAAAGGGUUGGCCUAUUUUGAGGGAAUUGUAGCUGCUAUUUUGGCAGGUUGCUCAGAUCCUUAUUCUUGAGUUGAAAAAGAAGAAAGCAUAUGGCACCCUUGUAAUUAUUGUACUAAAGAAACCAAUUUUCCCCCGAUAUGAUAUAUGGUAUGGCUCAUACUAGAAGUAAUCGGAUAAUGUUUUAAUGAUAUUUUGGUUUAUUACA